AUGGAAGUAGAGGAGCGCGAGGUGGGACGAGGAGGAGAAAAGGAAAAUAUUUUUUUUUAUUUUUUUUGCUUGUGUGUCUGUGUGUGUGUCUUUGCGAGUUUUGCCUGUUUGUUUCUUUUAUUCGGUCCUUGCCGCUACGCCAUACGCACACACACACACACACAAAUGAAGGCACUGAGAGUAACGCCAGAUGUGUGCAGGAGCCUGCUAGAGACGCCAUUGACGGGUUUCGGCCGGAACCAACCAGCAGCAGCGGCAGAAAAAAUAAAAUUGCGUGGGGAACACGUCCCCCACACCACGCCACCCCGUUGGUUCAUGCGUUCUCAGUGGGGAGGAGAAGAGGACGCACGCAAAAGAGAGAAAAGGAAGAGGGAGGACAGAGUCAACAGCAUUGCCGUGGCGUCCAAACACUCUCUCUUUCCCUUUCUUGCUUUGCCCGGUUUGCCCCUCUUUCCCUUACGACCAUUCCCUGCAGGUGUGAGAGCGUUAACGCUGGGCGGACACUGA